AGCGAAGGAGGGAGCGCGCGCGCGCACGGGCGGGUUCGCGGUGCCGCUCCCGUAACGCCCGCCAGCGCCUGGUGACCGAAUUCGUGUCGACUGACCAGAGUCCGCGAAUUCAAAGGCCGACAGGGAAGGUAUCCAGAAAAGGUUAUGAUCAAAUCGGUGACACUACUGAAGAUAUCACUACUAGCGGUGAUACUUCCUUUAUUCACACGAUGUUGGCAUGCUGACAAGACUAGCGAUUAUUGACUUUCCUCAAUUUUGCCUAUCUUACCAGGUUUAGUGAAGGUCAUAAAGAAGUUUUGAAAGUAGAAUGUCUCGCCAUCAAUUCUUGUUUGAACCAAUUACAUGUCAUGCCUGGAAUCAAGAUCGGACACAGAUAGCACUUAGUCCCAAUAACCACGAGGUUCAUAUUUAUAAGAAAAGUGGAAAUCAGUGGAUCAAGACUCAUGAACUGAAAGAGCAUAAUGGUCGAAUAACAGGCAUUGAUUGGGCUCCCCAGAGUGAUCGCAUUGUAACCUGUGGUGCUGACCGUAAUGCUUAUGUAUGGAGUCAGAAAGAUGGUGUGUGGAAGCCAACCUUGGUCAUUCUAAGAAUUAACCGUGCUGCCACAUUUGUUAAGUGGUCUCCUCAGGAAAAUAAGUUUGCUGUGGGCAGUGGUGCCCGGCUGAUCUCAGUAUGCUACUUUGAAGGAGAAAAUGAUUGGUGGGUGAGUAAACACAUUAAGAAGCCAAUUCGUUCUACUAUCCUUAGCCUUGACUGGCAUCCCAAUAAUGUCUUACUGGCAGCAGGUUCAUGUGACUUCAAAUGCAGAGUUUUUUCUGCUUACAUUAAAGAAGUAGACACAAAACCUACGGCCACACCUUGGGGUUCCAAAAUGCCUUUCGGACAGGUGAUGGCAGAGUUUGGUGGUGCCAGUAGUGGUGGCUGGGUCCACAGUGUUUCUUUCUCUGCCACAGGAAACCGCCUGGCAUGGGUCAGUCACGACAGCACUGUAUCUGUUGUUGACACUGGUAGAAAUAUGACGGUUUCUCAAAUGAAGACUGAAUUUCUCCCCCUGUUGAGUGUGAUUUUUGUCUCUGAAACUAGCAUAGUGGCAGCAGGCCAUGACUGCUGUCCGAUGCUCUUCGUAUAUGACGAUCGUGGCUCUUUAAACUACAUCUCUAAGCUAGACAUUCCAAAGCAGAGCAUUCAGCGCAACAUCUCUGCUAUGCAGCGUUUCCACAAUCUGGAUCGAAGGGCGACCACAGAGGAUCGAAACGCCACACUCGAGACCCUCCACCAGAACAGCAUCACCCAAGUCUCCAUAUAUGAAGGCGAUAAGAGAGAUUGUUGGAAGUUUUGCACUACUGGGAUUGACGGUGCAAUGACAAUUUGGGAUUUGAAGACUCUGGAAUCCUCAAUCCAAGGCAUGCGUAUCAUGUGAACACGAAACUCUGCAAUCUAGGCCGAUGAAACCGUGAGAAAGGAAGAGCCCUGCUCCCUCCCCCUCUCUCUCCACCUCCACCUCCAAAUGCAACCGGCUAGAAGCUGGGCAGCAAAUCUUCAAAACAAACACAAGGAAAAGCACUGACAACAUUCGGAAAUCAACGCUCCGCCACUUCAUUCUGGGAAUUUUGAUUUGAUUUUAAAGGAAUUGCUUUGAAGUGGGGUUUUUUCUUUUUUUUUCUUAGCUAAAGCUCCCUUCAAAACAGUUUCUGCAGCACCCUGAGGGCUUUGCCCUAAUGAGGGUAAUAAUGUACACUAAUUUAAAGGGACUUUUAUGUAGUGUGUCUGCUAGAAAAUAAACACUACAAAACUUCA